AUGCCAAGGACCAUUCUUGUAACGGGUGCGACCGGUCGCCAAGGAGGAGCGGUCGUCAAAGCAUUGCGAGAUACCGACUUCGAAAUCCUCGCCCUCACACGCAGUUCUUCGUCACCCUCAGCCCAAAAGCUCGCAAACUCAUCACCAAAAAUCAAACUCAUAGAAGGAGAUCUGGACAACACCGAAGCCAUGUUCAGAAAUGCCAAAGCUGCCACCAACAACCCUAUUUGGGGCGUGUACAGUGUCCAAGCCCAGGUAAAAGGCGAUGUCACCAUCGAAGAGACCUGGGGCAAGAAUCUCAUCGACUCGUCCAUUGCCGCAGGCGUGGAAUUCUUCGUGUACAGCUCGGUCGACCGUGGAGGUGAAAAGUCGUCUUCAACGCCGACCGAUGUACCGCACUGGAUGACGAAACACAACCUCGAGAAGUACCUCGAAGAGAAAGCAGCAGGUACUCAAAUGAGAUUUGCGGUCCUCCGCCCAGUGGCGUUCAUGGAGAACGUCACCAACGACUUCGCUGGGAAGGCCAUGGCCGCGACAUGGCAGUAUGCGCUCAAGAACAAACCUAUGCAGCUCGUCGCUACGGAAGACAUUGGAAACUUUGCUGCGGAGGCGUUCAAGCACCCGGAAAAAUACACUGGGCGCUACCUCUCGAUUGCUGGCGCAGAACUCACCUUCGAGCAGGCGAAUGCCGUAUUCAAGGAGAAGGUUGGAAUGGAUAUGCCAAGGACGUUUGGCUUCGUGGCAUGCAUUGGUUUGGUAGCGGUCCCGGCUGUUGGCAAGAUGUUCAACUACUUGAAGAAGAACGCCACUGGUGCGAGCGUCGAGGAGAGCAGGAAGAUUUACCCGGGUUUAAUGGAUUUUGGCACGUGGUUGGAGAAGGAGAGUCAGUUCCGGAAGCAGUAG